GCGGUUCGAUGAAUAAGAUGAUGUCCUAGAAAUCGCACGGACACAAGUCGGGGUUAAGCUUUCCAGACAACCCCGCUACGCUACCAACAUCAUUACAUCCUCAUAACUCGAACACUACACACUCGUACGUUCAAGUGCCAUGCAUACAGCCGUCAUCUUUUCGUACUCGUACAGUCUACGGAGUACUGAUAUCAGACCAAUCACCGUACUACCACCAUAAUAGAACCCCGAGAUCUGACAAUUCUUCCUUCCCGUGCUACCUACAACAAACAAACCUCCAUUCCGAUACACCCUCAUCAAAUAUAUCCUACACCCUCACACCUAGCAACCCACCACAAUGCCGCCCCCGAACUCCCCAACCCUAUCAACCACAAUGCCACCACCAACCACCAGCCAAACCCUCCAAACCUCGCCCUUCCUCUCCACCGUCCUCAACCCCUCAACCUCGACCGCAGCACCCACACCAUCCUCCCCCCACCCAUCCACCCCUUCCCGCCCAUCCUCCCGCACGAAACAACCCUCCACCGCGACCCAGCCCUUCACAAGCGCCCAGCAAUCCCUCCAAGCCCGCAACAAACCCUACAACACCACGACAUCCCCAUCGUCGAGGGAGCAACCCGCCACCGAGUCCUUCGAGACGCGGCAGAGUCGCGCGCGCGCCGCGGACAUCCUGGCGAGCGCGGAGCUGCUUGUGUGGUACGCUGGGGCAAGGAAUGAGAGCGUACCGCAGACGAGACGGCACUAUCAGAACAUACUCCUCGGGUUGGCUUCUUCCUCCGCGGUGGACGGUGAUGGGGGUCCAGGACGCCAGAAACAACAAAGUGGCGGCGGUGGAGGGCGUUUUGGACCAGGCGCCGGCGUCGAUGCGUGGAGGGAGGAGUGGGAGAUGCCCGUUGAAGAGAGGGCCGUUCUGCCGCAGGGGAGUCCCGGGGGCGCGAGUCCUGGGGGCUUUGGCAGGGGCGGUGUGAAGGGGAAGAGGAGGACAUAAUAAUAGGAGUGUAGGGUACGGGGAGGAGAGCAAGGGGGUGGAGGAAGAGGAGGCGAUAUUGAUACCCCGUCACUGUUUCGUCGUUGAUAUGGAUGUACGGUGUACGACUUUAUGGCUCUUUUAGGAUUAUGGAUUGCUAUCGUGUGGCUAUGGGUUCUAUGAUACAAAUGGAUAUUGGGUUGAUUAGAUAGAUGGAUGAGUGUACGAGUGAAUGAAUGGAUUCGUUGUCGAUUCGAAUAUCUGGUCUAUGAGUAUCAUUUGAUUGCAUCAUAUCGAUUCUCGUCCCCUUCUCUGAACAACCCUCUACCCAAAUGUUGCCGAAACGAAAGGUCGGAACGUGGU